GCUGAACAGGUGAAUCAAACACUGAAUUAGGUGUGUUGGAGCAGAAGAAAAAGGAAAACCUGCCGGAUACCAGCUCUCCAGAACCAGGAAUGUGCCAGACAGUCGAGUUUUUCCGAAUGAAAGGUUCAGGACGUCGUAUUUUCAGUGAUAACGAGAACAGACGGAGGACCUAAGAGGUCUGAGAGACUCUGAUAAGGAGUCAAGUUCAGACAGCGGCGUUCACUGCUUGUGUCCCCGAAGAGCUUUGGAGGUUUCCAUCACCUGACAACUUGGAAGGAUCUUCGUUGGUUUCCAGUAAGGAAUCCCUCUCCACUAGAAGACCUCCACGACUGUCUUUGUUGUAGACAAGAUCUGGAUACUGCAAGAUGAAAACUUCCCACAGAGACAUGCAGAGGCUACCUAUAUUCAAGUAUAUAUUCAGCAUUCUCAUCGUUUUGUGCGUCGUUUGCUUUGCACUUCAGUCUGUUCGGCUCUUUAUGCUCCUACCGAUGGCAAAGUGUUGUUUGGAAAGUACAAAGAUGCUGACCGAGAAUGACGCCGCUGACACCGCUCUCAAUCUUCAGUCCCGGCCUGAUGUGCAGACUUGCACAUCCUGGAGAGCUCCCAUCAUUUGGGAAGGGAUGUUUGACCCCGAUCUUUACGACCAGAUCCACAGAAAACAAGGAUCUUCCGUGGCAUUAACUGUGUUUGCAAUUGGCAGGUACUUGGAUGCUUACCUGGAGGCCUUCCUGAAUUCAUCAGAACAUCACUUCAUGUUGGGUUUACCGGUGUCGUAUUACGUGUUUACAGACACACCUGAGAAAGUCAAGAGCAUCAAACUCGGCCCUCAGCGAAGUCUUAGAGUGAUCCAAGUGCAGAGACACACCAGGUGGCAGGACAUCUCUAUGAUGCGAAUGAAGACCAUUUCAGACACCAUAGAGUCAGAUAUUCGGCACCACUGCACACACGUCUUCUGUUUUGAUGUGGAUCAGGUGUUUACUGGGAGAUUUGGGCCUGAAGCUCUGGGAGAUUCUGUUGCUCAGCUUCACGCCCACUACUAUCGCCUUCCAAAGAAGCUGUUCACCUACGAUCGUAACCCAAAGUCCCAGGCGUUCAUAGAAACCGGGGACUUUUACUACCACGCUGCUGUCUUUGGAGGAUCCUGGAAGGACGUGAAGGCCUUGACUGAGGCGUGUUAUAAAAGCAUCAUGGAGGACAAACAAAACAACGUGGAGGCUUUGUGGCACGACGAGAGUCAUCUAAACAAAUACUUCUGGAUUCACAAACCGAGCAGGAUUCUUUCUCCAGAGUACUGCUGGGACACCAGCAUCAGAAACAGGACUGACAUACGGGUCUUCAGACUCCUGUGGGCACCAAAGCACUAUAAUAAGCUGCGCACAUGAGCUCUGGAUCACAGGGUUGCAAUAGUGAAUUUUGGUGAAUUUUAGAUUCCUAGAUUACUUUUUGCUGCCAAAAACAUUAUCAGCAUCAGUUGUAUUUCAUUUGUUUUUAUUUUAUUUAAUUCAGCAUCAGUUUAAUUUAAUUUGUUUUAAUUUUAUUUAAUUCAGCAUCAGAUUUAUUUCAUUCAAAUACUGUUUUUUUUCUUUUGUUUUAGAGUAUUUCAAAGGUUUAAUAUUUGAAAAAGUUUGGAAGGUUUGAUAUUACAAAAAUAAAUGUAAACAUUUCAUGAUGUAAUCAGUGUAACAAUUUAACAUUGUAAUAUGUGCUUUUUAUAUUUGUAAAUUUUGCACUCAUAAAUAACAAUUGUUUUGUUUUUUGCAUGCACCAGUGCCUGAGAGGAAUCUAAAUUCAUUAAAUUGUGCUUUGAAAAUAGCCUGAAUAAAAUUAACUUAA